CUUCCGGGUUCCGGAAGUGCGGGUCGUCGGCUGCGGGUGGCGGGGCCGCUUCAGGUGGAAGCGCGGUGUCCUGCCCGUCCGCCGUGGUCCCGGGCGCCGCGUGGCUGGGAGCCGACGGGCGGCGGUGCACGGCGCCAGCUUAUUGCAGGAGUGAUCAGGACAUCACCUUCUAGAAGUAAUGCCCACAGAAAGCGCAAGUUCUUCCACUGCUCGCCCAGCAAAACAGAAACGCAAAUCUCAUAGUCUUUCCAUCCGAAGAACAAACAGCUCGGAGCAGGAGAGGGCAGGUCUGCCAAGAGAAAUGUUAGAAGGACAAGAUUCCAAACUGCCUUCCUCGGUUCGCAGCACACUUCUAGAACUGUUUGGUCAAAUAGAAAGAGAGUUUGAAAACCUUUAUAUUGAAAACUUAGAAUUGCGUAGAGAAGUUGAUACUCUUAAUGAACGUUUAGCUGCUGAAGGACAAGCUAUCGAUGGAGCAGAACUCAGUAAGGGCCAACUCAAGACAAAAGCCAGUCACAGCACUAGCCAACUCUCUCAGAAGCUGAAGACCACGUACAAGGCCUCCACCAGCAAGAUUGUUUCCAGCUUUAAAACUACCACGUCGAGAGCUGUGUGCCAGCUUGUGAAGGAGUACAUUGGCCACAGAGAUGGUAUCUGGGAUGUCGGUGUGGCCAGGACGCAGCCAGUGGUGCUGGGCACUGCUUCUGCAGAUCACACAGCUCUGCUCUGGAGCAUUGAAACUGGGCGGUCCCUUGUCAAGUACACUGGCCAUGUGGGCUCAGUGAAUUCUAUAAAAUUUCAUCCAUCAGAGCAGUUGGCUCUCACUGCUUCUGGAGACCAGACUGCGCAUAUUUGGCGAUAUUCGGUCCAGCUGCCAACGCCCCAGCCUGUUGCCGACACUAGUCAGCAGAUGUGUGGCGAGGAUGAGGUCGAGUGCUCGGAUAAAGAUGAGCCUGAUGUAGAUGGAGACGUAUCCAGUGACUGCCCCACCAUUCGGUCACCGCUGACAUCUCUGAAGAGCCACCAAGGAGUGGUUAUAGCUGCUGACUGGCUGGUUGGGGGGAAGCAGGUGGUGACAGCCUCGUGGGAUCGAAGCGCAAAUCUGUACGACGUGGAGACGUCAGAACUGGUUCACUCGCUGACAGGCCAUGACCAGGAGCUCACGCACUGCUGCACACACCCCACCCAGCGGCUUGUGGUGACCUCCUCCCGCGACACGACUUUCCGUCUCUGGGAUUUCAGGGACCCUUCCAUCCACUCCGUGAAUGUCUUCCAGGGCCACACGGACACGGUGACCUCUGCUGUGUUCACAGUGGGGGACAACGUGGUUUCAGGCAGCGAUGACCGCACCGUGAAGGUCUGGGACUUAAAGAACAUGAGAUCCCCCAUCGCGACUAUUCGGACAGACUCUGCCAUCAAUAGGAUUAACAUUUGUGUGGGCCAGAAAAUCAUUGCCCUCCCACAUGACAACCGGCAAGUGAGAUUGUUUGACAUGUCAGGCGUGCGGCUUGCACGGCUCCCCCGCAGCAGUCGGCAGGGCCACAGAAGAAUGGUGUGCUGCUCGGCGUGGAGUGAGGACCACCCCGUGUGCAAUCUCUUCACCUGUGGCUUCGACAGGCAGGCCAUCGGCUGGAGCAUCAACAUCCCUGCGCUGCUGCAAGAGAAGUGAGGCCUGUGCCUGAAGCUGCGCUUGCCAUGGACCUGGGACAGUGUGGACCUCCUCAUCGUGGCCAGCCACAUUUGUGAGGGUCUGACAAAGGGUUGGUUGUGUCUGUUGUUACAUUGUCCCCAGCUUGCAUGAAGUGUCCUGGAAAGCGCGUGGUCCUCUUCAUUUUCGUCAUUAGUGUGUGUGUGUGUGUGUGCCGGCACUCUGGUUGGCUGUAAGUCCCUGGCAUGUGACCAGUGACAGGAGGGCAUUACAUUUGUGAGUUCACUGUGAACCUGUGUCCUGCGUCUUGGAGUUUCUGGAAUGACCACACACUCCUGGUGUCCCGGGAAGGCGGCAGAGCCGUUUGGCGCCAGGCAGCAGGAGCGAGUGGGUUCUGCACCUGCACGGUGCAGCCCAGCUCUGACCCUGCUGCUCAGAAGGGUGAAUUUGCAACAAAAUUUCCUUCCAAAAGAAAGUUUUUUUUUUAAAAAUAGAAAACCAUUUCAAUUUCCUGAGACCACGUGAACAAAUUCUAAAAUAUGAUUUUAAUCACUGAUUUAAGAUAUUAAACAAAUUUGAAAGCACUUUAGUUUAUAGCUGUGGUUAUAAACAGUUUUUAGAUGUUUCAGAUGACUUCCCCAUUAAUGUGAUGACCUUUUUAAGAAGGCCCUGCUACCUGAAACAAGAUCUUGUAUUUAUUUUCUACACUAUUGAUUGGUCUAGAUUUGAAUGGGUUCACUUCUUUGGUGGUAGUUGAGAGCCAGCAAUGCAAAUAAAUGAGUACUACCUCAAAAUGAAAUAUAUUUGGGAAACAUGGGCAUCUCACUGGUACCAAGUAGAGCAUGCUAACGGGGGCUGGAACCUGAGCCCCACCCACAGGGCCAGGAGGACAGUGGCUGCUCAUGUUCUGGAAGAGUUUGAUCUUGGUCAGGCUGCCGGGCCAGCCAGAGUGGAGUUUGUAGGAAACAAACAUGUUUGUUCCAGUAGCAUGGAACAAACAUGUUCCAGUAGGACAUGUUUCAGUGCCAACCUCCUACUGCCAGCGUCUGCCUGUCUCCUGCCGUCUUGGGAUCACUGUCAUCUGAUAUUUAGAAGUCUGUGUUUCUUGUUGAUAAUAAGACAUCUCAGCGUACUGCCUUUUUUUUUUUUUUUAAAUUCCCGUUGACUCUGUCCACUUGAAGUUUGCUGGGGAGGGCCAGGUCAGCACCUGUAGGAGUGCUCUUUGGUGUGGCAUUGGAGGGGGCAGGCUGAUUGCCCAAAGGUGGACCUGCCUCCAGCUGACCAUUGGGCAGGAUCUAAUCUUGAGAGCUUCAGCUCCUCACUCUUAGUUGGUUCUCAAAUGAUUCACACAGACCCAGGGAUGGAGGGGCCAUAAAACUUUGAAUUAUGACAUAAUCAGAGUUGAGCUUGCUGCCAGUGGCAUAUAGCAAAUGCCUCGAAUCUCGGACUAAAGCUCAACAUCUGCCCUUGAGCUUUCUUCACAGAAGAGGGGGUCAGGCUGAUCCCCGAGUGCACUGCGGGGAUGUGAGCUGGGGUCCCAGUGCUAAUUCCUUAGGGCACCUAAAGAGAAGCUGCAUGAUGCCCCACCUCUGCACUGUGUUUCCACUGGGAUGUCUGGGUGUUCCAGAAUCAAUAGACGCUGGAAAAUAUCUGCAAUGGAUCAGUCAAAUGCAAGAGCCAGAGCUCCACCAAACAAAAAAUUGGGAAGCUCUCAAGUGUUACCUGGUGCUAGUUGGGCAGUUCUGUGCAGAUGUGGCUCUUGGUGGCCAUUAGGAGAGGCUGUGAGGGACACCUCCUCCUCCUGCUAGGCAUAUAGCACGACCUGCUGCUGCCCAGCUGUGCAGCCCAGUUGUGCAGCCCCUGGGUGAGCCUCCAGGAUCCUGGAAGGUGGAGACUUAAGCCUGCGAGGGCUGUUGGCGUGGCUGCCGCUGAGGAGUGCAGUCACAUCAGAGCUAGUGUUGGGAAGUGGGUACAGCCUUCAAGUGCUGAACAUGUCCAGAAUUUCAUGUAGCCCUAGAAGGAAAGUGAGUGUUCACUGAAAAUGUGUGCUGCCGAGACGCCGUUGGACAAAGCAAUCCUCUUUCUCAGCCACUGCACAUUAUUUUUGUAGAGUCACAAAUUCUGUAUAUAGUUGGGCAUUUGAAGAAUCCUGUGUAAGUCGUUGGUUGCUUAAAUCUGUGAAAACAAGUUUCUUUUUUGGGGAGAAGUAUGCAUUUAUAAGUGUUAUGUGGAAGCGAAUGUUUUUAUUGUAUUGUAGUUUCUAAGUGUUUAGUGUCUUCAUUGCAAUAUGGAAUACAUUAAAAAUUCAUGUUCUGUAGUGACUGUUGUGAAAGUCCUGUUAUUGGGCAUCUUUUUUUUUUCCUUUUUCUUUUUCAUAAGUAAAAAGUUUGGGGUGCUCAAGGGUUGCUAUUUUUUGCUUUGUGCUGGGAAGAGGGUCACUCUAGGUGAUGCUUGGGGAAACCAUAAUGAAGUGCUGGAGUUGGCUGCAUGCCAAGGCAGGUAUCAAUUUCAGUACAGUCUCUCUGACCCAAAGAUAUUUUUCUAUUUAUUUAUUUAUUUAUUUUGCUUUUUUGGGUCACACCCGGCGAUGCACAGGGGUCACUCCUGGCUCAUGCACUUAGGAAUCACCCCUGGCGGUGCUCAGGGGACCAUAUGGGAUGCUGGGAUUCAAACCCGGGAAGGCCGCGUGCAAGGCAAACGCCUUACCCGCUGUGCUAUCACUCCAGCCCGAUAUUUUUCUCUUUAAAACAGUUAAUUUUACGUCUGUUUUCCUUAUUUUGCUUUGUUAAAACAUAGAGGUUACUAAACAUAAUGAUAUAAAGUUGUACAAAUUAUCAUAUUGCUCACUGAAGAGAUUUUAAUUUUACUUGUUAUUUUUCUGGGGCCCACAUCUGGCAUUUCAAGGUGGCUUACUGGUCACAUCUGUCUUAUUCCUGCCUCUGUUCAGGAAUCUUUUCUGGCAGGUCUCAGGGGACCAUUUAGGAUGCUGGUGUUUCAGAUCGGGGUUGCUCCAUGCAAGGCAAGCAUACUACCUUGCUCCAGCUUGUGAAAUUUUAAUUUUAAACCUAAGUGAUCAAUUUAGAAUAUUCUGCUAUCAUGAAAUAACCCAUAAUUGUGCUUUUUCAUUCCAGUAUUGCUGCCUUAAAAUUUUUUAGAGGAAGUUAACAAUAUAAACAUUUGUCAGAAGUUGCUCAGUUUCAUUGGGUGCUUGUCCUGUUGUCUGUACUGUUACGCUUGUUCAGUAGUCUGAAGUUGUCAUUUGCGGAGAGCAGGCACACAGCCCCAGUGAGAGUGGGAGUGCAGAUCAGAGCGGGCAGUGAUUAUUUUACUGCUUGGUUCUCCCAUGAGCACAGUUUGUGGCUGCAGGGUCGCUGGGAACUGGGUGGGGUUGGAGUGGAUAUCUCAGUGGAGAUACAUCUGCCCCAAAGGCAAUUCUCAGUUGUCCUUCUCCACUUAUAUAACAUCCUUUUAUAAAGAAUCAGUUCAUUGACAUUGGUAUCUGUCAGAAUGCCACUAGACUCGUUUUCCAUUAGUAAUACAGAAGUUAAAAAAAUUUCGGAAAAACUGGGGACACCUCAGUUGUUGUAUGCAACACAGUAAGUAUGGGGCCAGAAGAAGGUGAAAUUAUUUUGCUAAAACACAUUCAAGUCACGUCUGGUCAGUGUGGAACCCUGUUGGAGUUCUUCCUGGCACAGCUCCCUGACUGUCUGGACCUGUCAUGCUUGUGGGCAAACUCCGAGCAGCAGCUGAUGGGGGUGAGCUGUGGCCAGGGGAACUGGCAUUCUCCAACGAUUAGCAGGACUCCACGGUCUUGCAGUUGCCUGUGGCCGGGGGUUUGAGAUAGGAGCAGGCACUGUAGUGUCUGAAAAGCGUAUUGUUCCAUCUCUGCAUUAGCUCAUAGAAAUCCCGUGAGGCCUCAUGGCACAUCUAGCUCAUGUAAACCAUAGAAUCCUCUUCUUCAUGUAAACCAGAGUCCCCCUUCCUCUUCCCGUUUAUGAUCUGCAGAUAAUACAUCCAUUUUUGCCCCUAUGUAACCAUUAUCCUCCCCAAUAAACUUUGUCAUAUAUGACCAUCA